GCCGCGAAGCCUUUUUUCAUCCUCUGCCAGCAUGGGAGCGAUACGGCUUCCCAACCCAUCUAGGAUCCUGUGUUUUUCUUUUCAUAUUACCCUCAUUCUGCUUCAGCAGACUACUGCGGAAAGAGAACUGAAGUUUGUGGUUGUACUUUUCCGACAUGGUGACCGGACACCAGUUGUAAACUUUCCAACUGAUCUACACAAAGAAAGUGAAUGGCCCCAGGGAUUUGGACAACUUACCAAGACUGGAAUGCAGCAGCUAUUCAAACUUGGACAGUACACGAGAGAAAGAUAUUCCAACUUUUUGAACAGCACAUACAACCGGCAAGAGUUUUAUAUCCAAAGUACAGAUUAUGAUCGCACAAUUAUGAGUGCCCAGUCAUACCUUUCUGGCCUCUUUCCACCAACUAGCAGCCAAAUUUGGAACCCUGAGCUUCUCUGGCAACCCAUCCCAGUUCAUGUUUUGCAAAAAUCAACAGACCGGAAGCUGCAUUUUCCUCUGACUGGUUGUCCCCGUUUUGAUGAACUUCAGAAUGAAACACAAACAUCUAGUGAAUUUCAAAAUAGAAUACAACCAUACAAGGAUUUUUUACAAACAAUGGCAGUUAACACAGGACUUGAACUAAAUAAUCUUGAAAUACUGGACAAUUUCCAGCUCUGGAAUACAUAUGAUACGCUACACUGUGAGGAUGUUCACAAUUAUACUCUCCCUGUAUGGGCCACCAAAGAUGUAAUCGACAAGAUGGAAAAACUGGCAGAAUUGUCCUUACUAUCGCUAUUUGGGGUUUAUAAAACAGAAGAGAAAUCACGACUACAAGGAGGUGUCCUUGUGAAUACUAUUUUAAAUAGUAUUAAACAAGCUGCCAAUUCUUCAAGGCAAAGAAAAAUGGAGGUCUACUCUGCACAUGACACCACAGUUGGGGCCCUCCAGAUUGCUCUCAAUAUUUUCAAUGGAAAACUGCCACCAUAUGCUGCUUGCCAGUUUUUUGAACUCUACCAAGAAAGCAGUGGGCGAUACAGCAUUGAAAUGCAUUAUCGGAACGAUUCUUCAAAGGAUCCUUACCUACUCACUCUGCCAGGAUGCACCUCUUCUUGUCCACUUGAGAAGUUUGCUGAACUAGUUUCUCCUGUGAUUACAGAAAAUUGGUCAAAAGAAUGUGGGAAGAAAGACAAAAUGAAAGAUAUUUUUAUCGGAUUUGACAUUGCUGUUGGCUUGUUGUUCAUUUUUGACCUUGUACUGCUCUACCUCCUUUAUCACUAUGGACGCUGCAGACGCAGAAACAAUUACCAAGACAUUUAAAGAGGAGGUAA